GGAAAAGAGGAAGGGAGGAAGGAAGGAAAGAAGGACAGGAAAGAAGGAAGGGAGGAAGGUAGGGGAAGUGUUCAUACAUGCAAACAUUCACUCAGACAUACCUGCAGAACAUCAAAGAGAAAGAAGGAGGAACUAGAUGUUGUAAAAUGAUUCACAGUAACUGGAUCAUUAAAUCUUUAUGAGAUUUAUUCCACUAUAAACCGUCGCUGUGUUUUAUAUAUAAAAUGACCUUUGACCCCUUCAGGUGACGGCAGAUGUGCUGCAGUAAAAACAGAGCAGAGGGAAGUGAAGCAGACUGAGAGAGAUGAACAGGAGCCGAUCACUUCCUGUGUUGUGAGGAUCGUCCUGAAUGACUCACCUGAGGAAAGGCCGAUGAAACCUGCUGCGAGGGAGAAAUAUGACUCUGGAGGAUUUAUAGAAGAGUCCAAACCUCUGCAGGCCGGCAGUGAGGUGACGAGCCCGACGGAGACACGUUACUUCUUGCAGGACAGAAAUACUCUGAAGCUCAGCGAGCAGCAGCAGCAGCCGCAGCUAGGCAACAAGCUUCUGCUCUUUAAAGACGAGGCAGCGCAGCUUGAAAGCUUCCAGCCUCUGACCUCACAGCCCGAGAGUAGCGGAGAGUUUGAGACUCUGCAAAACGUCCGCUCUGGUUUAUAUAAUCCUGAGACACCCGAGGAAACCCGGAGAGGAACCCAGAGUCAGCACGAAGACCUUUCCCAUGAAAAGGUCGACUUCAAUGCUCCUCUACAGCCCCGAUAUUACACUCCUCCUGUUUUCCCACAAGCCGAAAUGAAAGCGAUGUCAACGUUAGAAAGAGCUGAAGCUGAGCUAGUCCAUAAGGUGAAAGGUCAGUUUGAAGUCGCAGCAUCUUAUAAAAAAAUGGCCGCCUCCGAGCAUCGAUGGGAACCAACCAUGCAGCACAACUCACACGUCUGGAUCCCCAGAAAUCAGGAAGUUAUUGUUAGUGUCGAGACGGAGAGAGUCUCAAGCUCCGAGGACGACGACGUGGAAACAAAAACACACUCUCAUCUGUGGCAGAGCGAGUCGAGACCGAGCUGCUGGAGGAGGGAGGUCAAAG